UAUAGGAUAAUGCUUGAAUUGAUCAGUAUUCUUGUAGAAUUGGUAUCGACUGAACCCACAAUUUAUCAACGCUUUUAGAUUAUUAGACUUUGAAAGGCUUUAAGUUGAAAAAAGAGAAAUUAAAAUAAAUUUUAACAUGAAUAAAUAUAAAUUAGUGCAAUAAAUUUGACUAAAAAAUUCAGAAUAAAUAGGCAAUCGCUCAAGCUAGUUGGUAACAAGAUAUGAGAAGGGCUCUGUUUUGACUCUUGGGUCAAAUUUGCCAGAUGCUAAGAAGGUGAAGCUGAAGAUUUGAAGAAUGGAGAAGGGGAAGAGAGCUGAGCUAGUGAGCUUUUUAAAAUCUGUUCCCUUUGUAGAAUUCUGUUGUGUUUAUGGCUCCACUUUGCAUCCAAACAAUAAAGAUAAGUCAGCCAUGGUUGACUAUAUUCUUGGAGUAUCCGAUCCUCUGCAAUGGCAUUCUCAGAAUCUCAAAAUGAAUGCAGAUCAUUAUGCAUCCUGGUUGAGGUUGCUCGGUGGGGCAAGGCUGAUUACACAAGUUGCAGAUGAUAUAGGUGUACGAGUACACUUUAACCCAUUUGUUACCUGGAAUGACAAGGUACAUAUACUUGUGGAUAAUCUGGAUAUUGCAAACACAAACUCUGUUAAUUUGAGGGCUGCAUUGUCCGCUGCUCUUCUUCUCUUGCCCUCCAAGUUCACGCAGGAAGAUCUGUUUGCCAAAAUAUGUAGCCUUUCGUAUAUGGGAGAUUUGCGGAUGCUUUUUGCAGAGGACAAAAACAAGGUGAAGAAGAUUGUGCAAGGGCAGUUUGAUCUAUUCCACUCAAUGUAUAAACCAUUUCUUCAAGAAUAUGAGGCCAAAGACUUCUUGAGAGUCUCAUUAUCUGGAACUGACCAAGCAAAUAUAUCACAGGAUUGUGGCUUGCCAGUCACUUGCUCCCUUGUAUCUUCUCUUCCACCAGCAAUUAGAAGCCAAAUGGGAAUGAAGCUGGGACAGAAGAAGAUAAUAAAUGAGUAUGGUAUGAAUUAACAUGCACACAGUAAUCGGAAGAUUAUUUCUGAGUAUACAAUUAAAGCUUGGUGUGCAUAAAAUUUCCUUCAAGAUAAUGCGUGACUGAAAAAUUUUCAUUAUACCUUCUAUUUCUAUACAUAAUCCUGGAUACUUGAAAGAUUAUGUGAUGCACAUUUUGCGGGUCGAGCUAUAAAUGAAGUUAUAAUUGAUUCAAGAGAAGAGGCUGCUAAAUGCAUGCAGAGUGUUCUGCAGCGAACUGUAAUGAUUUCUAGUUCAAGGAAGGCAGUUUCCGGUAUACUUGCCAUUGAUGGUAUCAACGCUGCUAGAUAUCUUGCUAACAAAAUGCAGAAAGCCUGGAAAUCCUGGACAUAAAAUUAUCCACUUUUUUUCUCUAUUUUCAUAUGGGAUUUUGUCAGGUAGAUUAUAACUUUUAAAAUGAGAAUGUGUUAUCUCUACUUCAAGCUGUCCUGGCUGUAGGUGAUAAAUUUUGCAGACUAGCUAGUUUUAUACUUUAAUUAUCGGGAUAGGGUUUUGUUCGCUGAGGUAAUAUUGGGAGCAAGCAAGCCACUCUUUGUAAUGAGCACCAUAUUUAUUCUUUGGAAGUGUUUACGGCACAAGAAGAAAUGUCCCGCUAAAUACAUAAUAUUUCAAGUUUAAACAUAGGCAAUGUUUUGUCCA